AUGAUAUGGCUACACUCAGACGACCCAUUCCGCCCAGCAGAUAUACUCGAACAUGUCCGCCAUACCACGCCGAUGGUGCACAUGGAGCCCAUCAGAGGACUGCCGCAACUCGAUCUCGAUAAUUUGGCUAUGCUAAACAACUACUGGAACAAAGGCCCAGUUUCGCUAACUGCAAACGGUGACAUCACCAGUCUUCCUACCUGGCUCUUUGGAGAGUCGCCAGAUGAGUCGGGGAAGCUCCACAAUGCUACCUCCUGUGUUGUCAUCACCGUCGAUAGGGGAUCAGGCGAUCUGGAUGCCUUUUACUUCUACUUCUACUCGUACGAUCAAGGGGCAAACAUCACUCAAGUUCUACCACCUAUGAAUGGGUUGAUAGAAGACACUGAACAUGGGAUGCACUUUGGCGAUCAUGUUGGUGACUGGGAGCAUAAUAUGAUUCGAUUUCACGACGGGAAACCUACCGGUAUCUACUACAGUCAACACUCUUCAGGCUCUGCCUACAAGUGGAAUGAUAAGGGUUUGUCCGUGGAAAAUGGCCGAGUAUCAAACGACUCUAUUCUUUUGACCGACUUCGAUCACGCAGCUAACGUUGUCUUAGCCUAUCGUUUACAGCGCAUGGGGCUCUCACGCAAACUGGGCAUCUCCUGGCAUUCGACUAGCGAUCACGUUCACGACUCGGUCUUGUUAGACUACUGUGACGCAGGUCAAAUCUGGGACCCGGUAUCUUCGGCAUAUUACUACAAAUUCGACCCCGAAACAUCACUCUUAACGAGCAUAUUUCCACCCGGGGCGGAAGCUUCUACGAAUCUUACAUCCUUUUUGUACUAUUCCGGUAUAUGGGGAGACUUUCAAUACCCCGACGACCAUCCACGUCAGAAGAUCGUACCCUACUUUGGUCUGAAGCGUUACGUCUCCGGCCCGACGGGCCCGACUACGAAGCAGCUUGUAAGGAAGGGACUCUUUCCCGACCACCCUGAAAGAAAGAAUCUUUUGCAGUGGGGAGUUGGCAUAUACAUGUCGCUGUAUCCCUGCUGUUUUAGGGGAUGGAGAGCCUGGGUUUCUGGCAUCGCCUUCAUCGGGUUGCUGGUGUGUAUUGUUCUUGGGACGAGACGCUCUUUGAAGUGGGCUAGGGCGCGGAAGGAGGGGUAUAAGAAGAUCGGCAACGAGGAAAGCAUUCCGUUGCGGGAACUGGACUAUUUAGAUGACAGAGCUUCGAAUCACCGGGAUUGA